AGCGUUCAAUAUACAUCUCAUAUAGAACAACAAAGUGCUCAUUCUAGUGGAAUUUGGUCAGCUAGAUGGUCACCACGUGGUAAUGUAGUUGUUACAGGAUCAUUAGACAAAACCAUUAAAGUUUGGGACGCGGAAACUGGAGACUUUUACCGUACCCUUCACGGACAUAAUCUAGGAAUCAUAUCAUUGGACAUUGAUCCUCUGGGAGAAAUGAUAGUGUCAGUAUCAUUAGAUAAUACAAUUAGAAGGUGGUCAGUAAACGAUGGAAUUCACCUUGAAACGAUACUAGUCAAGCCUGGUGAUGCAUGGAGUUGUCAAUUUUCGCCAUCAUCACCAGAGGUACGUUAUUUUGCUACCAGCUCACAAAAAGGAAAGAUAGAUCUUUGGGACAUUACGACAACGCCUUCGAGUAUAGUCCAGUCUUAUUCAUCUGGAGAAGGGAAAUUUGGAUUUUGUGCGCGUUUUAGCCCUAAUGGUAAAUUACUUGCAUUUAGCACCGAAAAUGACUGUAUUCAUUUGUUUGAUGUGGAAAGUGGAAAGAACAUUCACAAAUUUAAAGGUGAAACUGGCUGUCCUAUAAGAACGAUCGAUUUCACACCAAAUUCAUCUUUACUGAUAUCUGGAUCAGACGAUGAAACAAUCAAUAUUUAUGAUGUACACCAUUUUAACCGUAUAGGUAAAUGCACAGGACUCGAUGGUUUUGUUAUGAGCGUUGCGGCAGCUGGUGAUAAUGAACAUUUUGUCAGUGGUUCUACGGAUGGAAAGGUAAAACUUUGGAACAUAGAAAAUAAACAAUGUUUAAGUACUGUCGGCGAGCACUCAGACCAAGUUUCUGCACUUUCUUGGAAUCCCGAUGGCAAUAAAUUUGUAUCAGUGUCUGAAGAUAGGUCAUUGAAAUGGUACUCCGCAACCUCAUAA